CCUUUCCAUUGAUGGUGCAUUUCUUCCCCGAUAAAGGCGGUGUGCUGCGAUGCUUGUAACAUCAAUCACAUCCAGCGCGCGGGGCGCAUAUCUUCUCCCGCCCAUCAGCUUGGAAAUGCCCUCGCCUCGGGUGCGGGACUCGCGUCUCUCCGCUCCAUUAUCCCGUCAAAAUCUGAUCCUGUCUCCACGGGAGAUGUGGUUGUGAGUGGACGUGCCAUUUGUUUCAUUCGCAGAGAGCCUGAAGUUCGGACCGGAGACUUUCAGCACCACUUUUUCCGUGGACAGCGCUCGCAAUGAUUUGGGGGGGGGGAUCGACGCAGCAUCGAAAUGCGUGUGGAUUCCUUUUGGACACCGUUCAAAAACAAUGUUUAGAUGUUAAUUAAAACAUUUUUAAGACAGACCCGCUCGGGAAACACUCGCUUCACACAUGAAAGACGCCAAAAGGUACGAUUUUCGCUUUGGAUAUGGUUCAAUUCGUGUAAAAGGAUUCUUCGUGCGCGAGAGAUAGGGGAAUUGGCUGUGAAGCCUGUGGACCUGAGCGAGCCUGAGGGCUCUGACAUAUACCAAAUCCCUGCCCAGGGGAACAGGGCAGAUUAAAAACUUCUGAUUGAGGUGGAGUGGAAAGAGACACAGAGAGAGAGAGAGAAGAAAGCUUUCCAUUCACCUUUGUUCUUCCUAAUGCCCCGAGUGAAGGAUGCCCAUCGGGCGAGCCUGUGAAUAACAACGGACCGCCGUGGUCGGAGGAGUGAAGGAGGAGCGGAGAACAGGAGAAAUCGCCGUCCCUCAUAUAUUCCAAGUGAAUUGAAUGACCGGGAGCACGGAGAGGAGACAUGAGAGGAAGCCUUUUCUGUGCCGGCCGCUCCGAGGGGUGUCUCCAUUAACCCUCCGGCCGUCCUCAAGCCGCACCUGGCUGCCGCCCUCCCGCCGUCCCCCGGGUUCGGCCGCGCCGACGCGUGCUCGGGCCCCGCCGCCAUGUUUCAAGCGCCGGCGCGCAGGCCGGAUCGGGGCAGCCGGACCCUGCUGCCCCCGCUGCUGCUGCUGCUCUGCGGCUCCCUCGAGGCCGCCAAACCCAAAGGGCCGGGGCAAACGCACUUGAACUCCAUCCGCAUCGACGGGGACAUCUCCCUGGGCGGGCUCUUCCCGGUGCACGCCAGGGGCCACGACGGCAAGCCGUGCGGGGAGCUGAAGAAGGAGAAGGGCAUCCACCGGCUGGAGGCCAUGCUCUUUGCCCUCGACCGCAUCAACAACGACCACAACCUGCUGCCCAACAUCACGCUGGGGGCGCGCAUCCUGGACACGUGCUCCAGGGACACGCACGCCCUGGAGCAGUCGCUCACCUUCGUGCAGGCUCUGAUCGAGAAGGACGGGACGGACGUGAAAUGCGCGGGCGGGGGAGCGCCGGUCAUCACCAAGCCCGAGAGGGUGGUGGGCGUCAUCGGCGCCUCCUCCAGCUCCGUCUCCAUCAUGGUGGCCAACAUCCUGCGCCUGUUCAGGAUUCCCCAGGUGAGCUACGCCUCCACAGCUCCGGAGCUCAGCGACAACACCCGCUACGACUUCUUCUCCCGCGUGGUGCCUCCGGACACCUACCAGGCCCAGGCCAUGGUGGACAUCGUCAAGGCCAUGCGCUGGAACUACGUCUCCACGGUGGCCUCCGAGGGCAACUACGGAGAGAGCGGCGUCGACGCCUUCAUUCAGAAGUCCCGGGAGGACGGGGGUGUGUGCAUCUCCCAGUCUGUCAAGAUUCCCCGGGAGCCCAAACAGGGGGAGUUUGACAAGGUCAUCCGACGCCUCAGAGAAAACCCGAAUGCGAGAGUUGUCAUCCUUUUUGCCAAUGAAGACGAUAUCAAGCGGCUGCUUCACGCAGCUAAAAAGGCCAACCAGACGGGUCAUUUCAUCUGGGUGGGCUCGGACAGCUGGGGCUCAAAGAUCUCUCCGGUUGUGCACCAGGAGGAGAUGGCGGAGGGCGCCGUCACCAUCCUGCCCAAGCGCCAGUCCAUCAAAGGGUUUGACCGUUACUUCAUCAGCCGGACGCUGGAGAACAACAGAAGGAACAUCUGGUUUGCUGAGUUCUGGGAGAACAACUUCAGCUGCAAACUCAGCCGUCAUGCCGUGAAGAAAGGGUCCGGGCUGAAAAAGUGCACGAAUCAGGAGCGGAUUGGAAAGGACUCAAACUAUGAGCAGGAGGGAAAGGUCCAGUUUGUCAUUGAUGCCGUGUAUGCGAUGGCUCACGCGCUGCACAACAUGCACCUGGAGCUGUGCCCGGGGAAGGUGGGCCUCUGCGCUAAAAUGGAUCCCAUCAAUGGCACCCAUCUGCUGAGGCACAUCCGCCGUCUAAACUUUGCAGGCAUCGCUGGAAACCCAGUGCUCUUCAAUGAAAAUGGAGAUGCUCCCGGACGAUACGAGAUCUACCAAUACCAGAUCCAAAACCAGACCGCAGACUACAAGAUAAUUGGCCACUGGACGGAUCAACUCCAUCUCAACGUCCGCUCCAUGCAGUGGCCCGGCGGCGCCCGUCACAUCCCGUCCUCCAUAUGCAGUCUGCCCUGUCAGCCCGGCGAGCGCAAGAAGGUGGUGAAGGGGAUGCCGUGCUGCUGGCACUGCGAGCGCUGCGACGGCUACCAGUACCAGGCGGACACCUUCACGUGCAAGAUGUGCCGCUUCGACCUGCGGCCCAGCGUCAACCACACCGCCUGCGUGCCCAUCCCCAUCGUGAAGCUGGAGUGGAGCUCGCCGUGGGCCGUCUUCCCCGUGCUGCUCGCCGUGGUCGGCAUCAUGGCCACCGUGUUCGUGGUGGCCACGUUCGUCCGCUACAACGACACCCCCAUCGUGAAGGCGUCGGGCCGAGAGCUGAGCUACGUGCUGCUGACCGGCAUCUUCCUCUGCUACGCCACGACGUUCCUGAUGAUUUCCACCCCCGAUGUAGGGAUCUGCUCCCUCCGCAGGAUCUUCUUGGGCCUCGGCAUGAGCAUCAGUUACGCCGCCCUGCUCACCAAAACCAAUCGCAUCUACCGCAUCUUCGAGCAGGGUUCCAUGUCCGUCAGCGCGCCCCGCUUGAUCUCCCCGGCCUCCCAGCUCGUGAUCACGUUCACCCUGGCCUCGGUGCAGCUGCUCGGAGUGUGCAUCUGGUUCGGCGUGGACCCCUCCAAGGCCAUCAUCGACUACGAGGACCAGAGGACGUCGAACCCGGCCAUGGCCCGCGGCGUGCUCAAGUGCGACAUCUCGGACCUGUCGCUCAUCUGCCUGCUGGGCUACAGCAUGCUGCUCAUGGUCACCUGUACCAUCUACGCCAUCAAAACCAGAGGGGUGCCGGAGACCUUCAACGAGGCCAAGCCCAUCGGUUUCACCAUGUACACCACCUGCAUCAUCUGGCUGGCAUUCAUCCCCAUCUUCUUUGGCACUUCACAGUCCACGGAGAAGAUGUACAUCCAAACCACCACGCUGACCAUCUCAGUGAGCCUGAGCGCCUCGGUGUCCCUCGGGCUGCUCUACAUGCCCAAGGUCUACGUGGUGCUCUUCCACCCCGAGCAGAACGUGCCCAAGCGCUCACGCAGCCUGAAGGCCGUGGUCACGGCCGCCACCAUGUCCAACAAGUUCAACCCCAAGGCCGGGCUGCGACCCAACGGAGAAGCCAAGACGGAGCUGUGCGAGAGCCUGGAAACACAGACGGCUUCACCUGAAAUCUAACAUCACAUGCUAAAAGCUUUCUCCACAAAGCAAACCUACAUCAGCUACAGCAACCACGCCAUCUAACAGCCAGAUGUGCUCGUCGCAGUGUCACCACAGCGCCGCCCAGAGACACCACGUGACCAGCUGAGACACGGCGGGGGACCAAAGCGGACAGCGGCACCAUCGCGGGUUCCAUCCUCUGUCUGACAUCACACACACACACACACACACACGAAGAAGGGAAAUGUAAACAGGUGCAUGGCGGAGGCGGACGGAUGGAGCUUUCCCUUUUUGAGUGUUUACAUUUCAGCUGUGGCGUCUUUCACAAACCGUCUGUGUCGUGGUGGGCGUUGAUGACUGAAAACGGAUGUUCAGGUGUUCUCCAUCUCGUCUGCCAGUUUUGAAAACUCUAAUCAAUCUAAAAAAAAAAAAACC